AUGAAAUUUGGCAUACUGCUACUAUUGGUUGUGGCCUCUCUAGCUGUGGUGAGGUCCAGCGAGGAUCACAAGGCUCUUAAUGAGAAACAACAUAGUGUUUUAAUCAAGUCUUUGGAUAAGGACUACAGACCCUGUGCCGAUUUCUACAGAUAUGCCUGUUAUAAGUGGUCCGAUCAACACAAAGACAAUGGCGACAACUAUACUACUGUCCCUGAAAUGAUGAACUAUGACGUCAAUAUGGAGGUGAUUGAAUAUUUGGAAAAGACACCCGAAACGGAUAUGCCUGGAUUUGUAAAACUCGUUAAGGAUUUCUAUGUGUCCUGCACAGAAAGUCCCGAAUUUAAGCCCUUGGAUUUUAUGCAUUGGAUGGAAAAAGAAGAACACAUUAAAUGGGCCCUGUUCACACCCGAUGCCGCUGAGGACUUUGUCUUCGAUUGGACCAAAAUUUUGGCCACAUUCCGCAAAUAUGGUUUCAAUAAUAUGUUCAUCACGGAAUCGAGACAUUAUCAAGAGGGCAGUCAUUUCAUUACAUAUUUAAAAAAGCCCGUGUACAAUGAUGGUUUUAAUUUUGUUUUCAAUUACGAGAUUGAUGAGUACAAUGAAACCAUACCUCUGCCCAGUGGAACAAUGGGUUUCCACGAUUUAUGGAAAUAUAUUGAUCCAUUUGAGGAUAAAUUGCGUGAUAUCAAAGUUGAAGAACAGGAGAAACCAAAAAUGUUUAAAUACCAUGAACUCCCAUAUCCCUGGAUGCAAAGCUACCUCAAGUAUUUAAUGGAACCCGAAGUUAUUGAUCCCAAUAUGGAAGUAGGUAUUUACAAUAUGGCCUACAUGGAAGCCCUGGAUAAGUUGCUAAAGGAGUAUGAUGCCAAAGUUCUGGCUCGUUACAUGGAAAUUCGUUUCCUUCAAGAUGCUGACAAGUUUAACAAACGUUCUACGAAAAAUGAAUGUAUGACCACCACAAAAAGUCUAUUGCCCAUGGCCAUGGAAUGGAUCUAUGAACAAAUGCAUCCUGAGGUUGUGAAGGAGAUGCCAAAAAUUGAACAAAUGUUUGAAAAUAUUUUGAAGAAUGUCAAUAAAUCCCUGCACAUGGAUGUAAGUGAAUAUAUACCCAAAGAAUUCUUUGGCAAAUUGGUGACCAUGCACAUGAAAGUGGGCAUGAUACCUCAGGAAAAUGCCAAGGAUUUAUUGGAAUCUUACUAUGCGGAUGUAAAACUUGAUGCCCACGAAUAUUAUCGAAAUUUUGUAAAAAUGUUGGAAUUCUAUUAUAAACUGGAACACACCCACUUCGAUUACAAGAAUUUCGCCGAGGAUAAGGGAUUCUUCUUUAAAACCCCAAGCUAUAAUUUCGAAUCAUCAAUCCGUUCCAUUUAUGUUCCUUCGAUGAAUUUGAUGAUAUUGCCCUUCGGUCUGUUCCGACCACCCGUUUAUCACGAGGAAUUUGAGGAUAUUUUCAAACAAAGUUCAUUGGCCACCAUCAUGGGUAUGGGCAUGUUUGAUGCCUUCCUUUCAACGAAGGACUUCCCCAAUGAAGAUGUAAAAAAACUUGCGGGUGUAAUUGGUCUGCAUGCAGCAUUUGAGGUCUUCUUCUCAUCGCUACAAUCCGAAGAGAUUACCCGAUAUCUAACAAUGUUUGGCUUCACUUCGCUACAUGAACUCAAACAAAUGUUCUUCCUUAACGCAAUUCAUUACAAGUGUGAAUGGUAUUCUGGUGAUGCUGAUAUUGUUAAUUUUGCCACAAGCAAUUUGUCCGAUUUUACUGAAGCCUAUGAUUGUAAAUUGAAUAACUUUAUGAGAAUGUUUUAG